AUGAUUGAAAUCGCAGCGGAGAUGAUUGAAAUCCCUAGUUCCGCUCCCCCACAACCAACGGGCCUAGCUCCACCGCAAUCCGACUGGCCUAGCUCGCCACCCAUAUUUCUAUCUCUCUCUCUUACUAGAUUUGCGGUGACAGAGAUGGGAAGAAUGGUCUAUGGCGAAACCGAGGGAGUGUUUGAGAGGCCCUUGAGGAUUUGGGCGACAGAUCUGUUUUGGAGAGGGGAAGCGGCGGCCAUUGCUGGGGCCUGGGAAGCCAACCGAGAGGGGAAGCGACGGCCAUUCCUCAGCCGCGAAUUCACUUCCUCACAGUUCCACCGUGACGAGCUCGUCCAUAUCAAGGAGCAGCACGCCGACGAUAUCGAGCUUCUUGUCGCUGGAGGAAGAGGUGGGUUAAUCCAGCUUGGGAUUGAAGAAGAUAAUGAUUAA